AUGUUGUUUUUCAUCCAACUGAUCAUAUUUUCAUGUUUAUUUAUUAAAUCAAUUUCAUGUGAUUAUAUCUUUUGUACAUCGUCAUGUCCUCAAAUUACCGUUCCGUUCUAUGAACCAACUCGACUACCGAGACGAUGUGGUGACCAGAAGAAUACUUAUCACUUAGCACUUAAUUGUAUAAUUGAUUAUCGUAUUGACUACGACGCUCAAAACGUCUAUAUAAAUUUCAAAGCCACGAACGAUACGUUGAACUUUCGUGAUUACAAUCAAUCCGAAUUUCUUACUCAAUCUAUUUGGUUAGGUUUCAAUAAAGAAUCCGAUCAGCCGAACAUUACCAACCGACAAUAUGGCUGUAAUACAAGAAACGACUGCGCACGUUCCUAUUAUUUGGAGACGAUUCAGCGUUUAAUUGUCGGUGGUAAACAACUGAUCGACCAAAUCCACGAGAAAUUAUAUCGAACACGUCCGUUUUCAAGUAAAGAUGCUUCCCAAUUUUGUAGAGAUAACACGCAAAAGAGUAAUUUAACGUGGACUCGAUGUGAACGUGGUCUCUGCUAUGCGCAAAAUAUUAAUCGAAAGCAGUUCUGUGCGAAAGACAAUGCACCUACAUUAUUCAGUGAUAUGAUUUAUUAUUUCCCGAGAGCGCCGACUGAAGAACGCGAAUAUAUCGAGUAUAAAUGUAACAAAUAUCUGUGCAAUCGAAAUAGCACGAUGAGCCUCAUUAUGAAAUAUCUUCGCAAUUAUACGGACUGGUAUAACUUGACAAGCACCGAAACUUUUCGUAUCGGAAUGAGAUCCUCAUCGGAUCAGCGAACUGUGUCUUACUGUUUCCUAGUCUUACUUAUGUUUAGUGUUAGAAUAAUCUUUUCAAAGUAA